AUGCAGAAAUGGAGGGAUUCUAUUGGCUACGGCGCGCGUAGGACGGGUUCGCUCGGCUUGAUAGGUGCCUGAUUCCCGUUAAACCUGUCCUCUGAAAUCGACCUGCGCAGGCAAAAGUCUGUGAAAGGUGGUCGGCCGGGGCGUGAUACGCACGCGCGCAAUGUGGUUUUUGCUGUUGUUGGGGGUCGCUGGGGCAACUGAAAUCCCCCCGCACGAGGACGUGGCUCGGGUCGCGCGCUUCGUGGCGCACUCCUGUGACUGGGGCGCACUGGCCACUCUCUCCGCGCAAGAUCCGCCGGUGCGGGGCCAGCCCUUCGCCAAUGUCUUCUCCGUCAGCGACGGGCCGCCACGAUCGCGAGGCAGCGGGGUGCCUUAUAUGUACCUGACAGCGCUUGAGGUCUCGGUGCGCGAUUUGCAGAUGGAUGCAAAUGCCUCCCUAACAAUGUCCUUGGCACAGACGUCUUACUGCAAGAAGCAAGGUUAUGAUCCUCAGAGUCCACUGUGUGCCCAUGUGAUAUUCUCAGGAAUAGUUGAGAAGGUUCAGAAUGGCACAGAAGCAGACUUUGCAAAGAAAGCCCUGUUCAGUAGACAUCCUGAAAUGGCUACCUGGCCUCCAGAUCACAACUGGUUCUUUGCCAAACUCAACAUCACCAACAUCUGGGUCCUGGACUACUUUGGUGGAAUCAAAACUGUGACUCCACAAGAGUAUUUUAAUGCCGCACCAUAGCAAGGAAGAUGUUUGAAUGAAGCCUUAUUGGUCACUUUUGUAACAAGAAAACAUACAAGAAUGGAGAUAUUAUUGCAGAAUCCCAUAUCUGCAUAUUCCUUUGGAAUCCUGAUAGGUUGCUUAUGCCAUGUGUGUGCAAAAACAAAAAAAGCUUUUAAAAUCUGGAAUCCAUGCCAAGAAAAUCUUGAAUUCUGUGUACAAAAGUAUUUAGAGUAUGAACAUCUGCAUACGUGCAUAACUGAUUCUGCUUUUUGAACUUGGAUUUUUAAAGAACUGUUUUUCAGCAAGCUUAUUUAGAGAAAAAUGUAAUUGGAGGUACAUCCCUUAAAUGGAGAUAGAAGAAAAAUGCAGAGGAGGAGAACAAAGCGAGGAAACAAUGUCAAAUUUGAUGUAAAGAAACAUCCUGAAAUGUUCAGCUUUAUUGUAUAUUCCGAUCUUGAUCCACAGAUUCACAUGUAGCAGCUUGGAUUCAGUCCAUGCUCACUCAUUUAUUGGAUGACUUCUGCUGUCAGCUGACCAUGUUGUCAAGGAAUAUGACUGCAGCCCUGAUUCCAUUAGGGCCCACAUAUCCACAUGUAUGUCCACAGCACCGCCAGCAAGGCAAUAUGUACAGGGAAACAAAGAGCCAAAAAUUAUGUGUCUCUGGUAGUUCUGUGAAACUACCCCAAUUAUGUAGAUAGCGGAGGAUCAGAACGAUUUUAACAGAGUAGGGUCACAAGGGAGGCACUAAACCCUCUUUCCAUCCAAUGCUUUUCUUCCCCUAGCACUUCUCCCCAAGUGCUUUUUGCCUAACAGGGUUUGCUUGUAGUAUCAGGACUUAACUGAGACAGAGCUAAUGGUCCUGGGUGUAGACUGUGGGGUGGGAGAAGAGCUCUGUAAUCCUCAGCAUGUGGCCCUUAGCUAUUUAAAAUUUGACCCUCUCCCAGGCCUUUAUUUUUACAUGAUUUGGAGUUCUGUGUUUAGAAGCAUGGCACUGUUGCUAUCAUGUCUAAUUUGACCCUAAUACUAUAUGAGAGAACUACCCGCUUAACUAUAUGCACCUCUGUGCCUUGUUUGUUGCUUGUGCCUGAAAACGCUGAAGACUUAAUUUGAACUUAUAUAACGUCAGUUCUGUUCUGGAUCAUUGUGUUUAAAAUCAACUAAGCUGUAAUCCUUGAAUCUAGAGUGUGAAGCCAGGUGUUGAAGUAGUCUAUAAACCCAGUGUUAAAUGAGGCAUCUGCUUUGCCCAUCAACACAAGGUUCUUCAUUAAUUGUCUUUAAUUAAGAGAGAUUGUUCUAAUGGUACCACAUAAUAUGCAGUCUUCAUUAUGAAAGCCUGUUGCCUUACAGCAAAAAAAAAAAGUUCUAGUGUGGUUUUGUGUAAUGAGAUCAUGUAGAGCCAUGUACCUAACCUGGUGCCCUCCAGAUGUUUCUGGACUAUAACACCCAUCAUCCCUGACCAUAGGCUAUGCUGACUUGGGCUGAUGGGAGUUGGAAUCCAACAACAUCUGGAGGGUUGGAGAAGGCUGAUGUACAGGGCAAGCUUCUGUCUGUGUAUUCUGUCUCCAGUGAGUAUUGCUUGUUUUAUUUUGAAAAGUUUUCUGUAAUAGUGAAUACAUGACAGAAGGCUGAAAAGUCCAAGCUAUCCUGACAGAAGACUAUUGCAAAGCCCACAAAUGGUAGUGUGAAUCUAGCAAGGAGUGUCUUUAUUUACAUUCUUUUUCACCCACAAUUGUUAAGGUAUAAGAUAAUUAGAAAUUAUUGGUGGCUGUGUUGCUGUCAAGUUGGCUGAACAAAUUAGGCCUUGGCCGUUACUUAUAAGUGUAUUUCAUUGUUUUGUAUAAUGAAGCUUCUUCUACCUCUGAUGUCCACAAAUGGCUUACCCAUUUUUAAUUGCAUAAUUGUAUUGUGCUUAGAAGAUGUAUCUGAAGACCCAUGGUUAAAUAGUAUGGAAAUUAUUCUUGAAAUGAAGUUGCUCUUACUUCUUA